AUGACCACUUUACUAUUAGUGUUUGUGUGUUUGCGAGUCAUCACCACAGCCAUCUCUGUGGAACUCUCAGACAGUAGUGAUGGCCUGGAAGUGAAGAUACCUGAGCAGUCUCCCCUGCGUGUUGUCCUGGGAAGCUCCCUGAACAUCCCCUGUUACUUCAACAUCCCAGAGGAACAGGACACCAGUGCUCUGCUGACCCCACGGAUCAAAUGGAGCAAACUCUCAAACGGGACUGAAGUUGUCUUGCUAGUGGCCACUGGUGGGAAAAUCCGUCUCAACACUGAGUACAGGGAGGCAAUCUCUUUGCCCAAUUACCCUGCCAUCCCCACCGAUGCCACCUUGGAAAUCAAGGCGCUGAGAUCCAACCACACUGGGAUUUACCGCUGUGAAGUGAUGUACGGUAUUGAGGACAGACAAGACACAAUAGAGGUCCUAGUGAAAGGCAUCGUAUUCCACUACAGAGCAAUCUCCACAAGGUACACCUUGAACUUUGAAAAAGCAAAGCAGGCCUGUAUCCAGAACAGUGCUGUCAUUGCUACUCCUGAGCAGCUGCAGGCUGCCUAUGAGGAUGGGUACGAGCAGUGUGAUGCUGGUUGGCUGGCUGAUCAGACUGUCAGGUACCCCAUUCACUGGCCCCGGGAGCGCUGCUAUGGUGACAAGGAUGAAUUUCCAGGAGUGAGGACCUAUGGUGUCCGAGAGCCAGAUGAAACCUAUGAUGUUUACUGUUAUGCAGAGCAAAUGCAAGGUAAAGUCUUCUAUGCCACCGCCCCUGAAAAGUUCACCUUCCAAGAAGCUUUUGAAAAAUGCCACAGUUUGGGAGCCCGUUUGGCCACCACAGGAGAGCUGUACUUAGCCUGGAAGGACGGCAUGGACAUGUGCAGUGCAGGCUGGCUGGCCGAUCGCAGUGUCCGCUACCCCAUUUCCAGAGCACGGCCCAACUGCGGAGGAAACCUGGUGGGCGUGCGGACAGUGUACCUGUAUGUCAACCAAACAGGGUAUCCUCACCCUGACUCUCGCUACGAUGCCAUCUGCUAUAGUGGGGAUGACGUUGAGACUCUAGUCCCAGGGCAGUUCAUCGAUGAGACGGGGGGCGAGCUGGGCAGCGCCUUCACUGUCCAGACUGUCACCCAGACUGAAGUGGAGCUACCUCUGCCACGCAAUGCCACAGAGGAGGAGGCCCGCGGCAGCAUUGCCACCCUGGAGCCCAUUGAGAUCACACCCACCGUCACUGAGCUCUAUGAAGGCUUCACCGUCCUGCCCGAACUCUUCGCCACCGGUGUCACAGUAGAGACAGCUGCCCCAGAGGAGAAGAACGUGACCGGGGGGGAUGUCACAAGGGUGUGGGCUGUACCUGAAGGAGUCACCACCAUAGCCUUAGGCACUGCCAUCACCACUGAAAUGGCAGAGGUGAGCUCAGUGGAAGAGGCCAUGGGGGUGACUACCACACCAGGACUAGAGUCUACUUCAGUGUUCACAGUGGAAGAUCAGCUCGUGCGAAUGACAGCAGCCCCCGAUGUUGGUCUCCUCCCCAAGCAGCCCAUCUCCCCCACAGGUGUGGUGUUUCACUACCGUGCCGCCACCAGCAGAUAUGCCUUCUCCUUUGUCGAAGCCCAGCAUGCCUGCCUGGAGAACAAUGCAGUUAUCGCCACUCCCGAACAGCUCCAGGCUGCCUACGAGGCUGGCUUUGACCAGUGUGAUGCAGGCUGGCUGCGGGACCAGACAGUCAGGUAUCCCAUUGUGAAUCCCCGAAGUAACUGCGUAGGAGAUAAAGAGGGCUCACCAGGUGUGCGGUCGUACGGCAUGCGCCCGGCCUCAGAGACCUACGAUGUGUACUGCUACAUUGAUAGGCUCAAGGGUGAGGUGUUCUUUGCAACCCAGCCAGAGCAGUUCACCUUCCCAGAAGCUCAGCAGUACUGCAAGAGCCAAAAUGCCACACUGGCUUCUGUUGGCCAACUCCACGCUGCCUGGAAACAGGGCCUGGACAGAUGCUAUGCUGGCUGGUUAGCAGACGGCAGCCUCCGCUAUCCCAUCGUGACCCCCCGUCCCGCCUGCGGAGGGGACGCACCUGGUGUGAGAACCGUCUACCAGCACUACAACCAGACGGGUUUUCCUGACCCACUGUCCCGGCAUCACGCCUUCUGCUUCAGAGCUCUGCCACCUGUGGAGGAGGAGGGGUUCACCUCAUUCUUUGAAGAAGAUGUGCUGGCAACCCAAGUGAUUCCUGGAGUGGAAGGGGUACCCUCUGGGGAGGAGGCAACCGUGGAGACGGAGUUUGCCACUCAACCUGAGAAUCAGACAGCCUGGGGGACAGAGGUCUUUCCAACAGAUAUGACGCUGCUUUCAGUGAGUCCAUCUGCUUUUCCUCCAGCUACUGUAAUACCAGAGGAAACAAGUACUGAUGCUUCCAUCAGCAAGGUGUCAGGGUACGUGACUGAAUCUGGAGAACAUCAAGUCAGUGGUGAAUCUUCAGCAUCCGGAUGGAUAUCUGGAGUCCCGGAUACAAGUGAAGAACUGACUUCUGGAGUUUUUGAACUUAGUGGAGAACACUCAGGGGUUGGAGAAAGUGGAUUACCAUCAGUAGACCUGCAUACCAGUGGCUUUCUACCUGGAGAAAGUGGGCUACCCUCAGGGGACCUGAGUGGGGUGCCUUCUGGCAUUGUUGACAUCAGUGGCUUAACUUCUGCAGAGGAAGAUAUAUCGGUGUCUACUUCAAGGAUACCAGAAAUUAGUGGAAUGCCACCUGGAGUGGAAAGCAGUGGGCUGCCUUCUGGAUUUAGUGGAGAAAUCUCUGGCACUGAGCUAGUCACUGGUGUGUCAUCUGGAGAGGAAAGUGGACUCACCUCUGGUUUUCCUACGGUCUCUCUUGUGGAUACCACAUUGGUGGAAGUUGUCACAACCGUGCCAGGAUGGCAGGAGGAAGGAAAAGGAUCAAUCAGUGUCAGCGGUGAAGGAGAUCUUUCAGGGUUCCCAUCUACCGAGUGGGACACCAGUGGCAGAGCCCAAGGGUUACCCUCAGGACCUGAGCUCCGUGGGGAGCCCUCUGGAGGGCCCGAGCUCAGUGGGGAGCCCUCUGGGGUGCCCGAGCUCAGUGGGGAGCCCUCUGGGCUCAGUGGGGAGCCCUCUGGGGUGCCCGAGCUCAGUGGGGAGCCCUCUGGAGGGCUUGAGCUCAGUGGGGAGCCCUCUGGGGUGCCCGAGCUCAGUGGGGAGCCCUCUGGAGGGCCUGAGCUCAGCGGGUUGCCCUCAGGACUGGAUGUCAGUGGAGAACCAUCAGGAACACAUGAGGUCAGUGGCCUGGUGGACCUAAGUGGCCUUACUUCUGGUAUCGAUGGAAGUGGUGAGACCUCAGGCAUUACCUUUGUAGAUGCCAGUUUGGAGGAAGUGACUACAACCCCCUCAAUUACAGAAGCAGAAGCAAAAGAGAUUUUGGAAAUCAGUGGAUUGCCUUCAGGAGGUGAAGACUCAUCAGGCACAGUGUCUGGAAGUUUAGAUGUCAGUGGUGAGCCUUCUGGGCAUGUAGACUUUGGUGGGAGUGUUUCUGGAGUGCUCGAGAUGAGUGGACACCCAAGUGGAGUGAUUGACAGCAGUGGAGAAGUCUCUGGAGUCGAUGUCACCAGUGGUCUACUGUCUGGAGAGGAAAGUGGACUUGCCUCUGGCUUUCCCACAGUCUCUCUUGUGGAUACCACUUUGGUAGAAGUUGUAACACAGAUGUCGGUUGCACAAGAGGUGGGAGAAGGGCCAUCUGAGAUGAUAGAAAUCAGUGGAUUUCCUUCUGGAGACAGAGGACUAUCUGGAGAAGGAUCUGGAGCUGUGGGGACUAGUGGGUUUCCUUCAGGGACAGGAGACUUCAGUGGUCAGCCAUCCGGGAUCCCAUACAUCAGUGGAGACAUCUCUGGAGCCACAGAUCUAAGUGGACAAUCUUCAGCAGUGACUGAUAUCAGUGGGGAGGCCUCAGGUCUUCCAGAAGUCACUUUAGUUACUUCUGAUUUAGUAGAAGUUGUGACAAGACCAACAGUAUCGCAGGAACUGGGUGGGGAAACAGCUGUCACAUUUCCCUACAGUUUUGAGCCAAGUGGUGCGGCCUCUUCAUCUGGUGAACUAAGUGGGGAAAGUCCUGCAUUGCCAGAAAGUGGUAUAGAAACAUCAACAGCUUAUGAAAUUAGUGGGGAAACAUCCACAUUUCCAGAAACUAGUGUAGAAACAUCCACUAUUCAUGAAAUCAGUGGAGAGACAUCUGCAUUUCCUGAAUUUACCACAGAAACAUCAACAAUUCAAGAAAUCAGUGGGGAAACAUCUGCAUUUCCUGAAAUUAUCAGAGAAACAUCCACAAGUCAAGAAGCCAGGGGUGAAACAUCUGGCUCUCCUGAACUUAGCAUAGGAACAUCCACAGUUCAAGAAGUAAGCGGGGAAACCUCUGCAUUUCCUGAAAGUAGCACAGAAACGUCCACAAUACAAGAAAUUAGUGGGGAAACAUCUGCAUUUCCUGAAAUUAGAAUAGAAACGUUCACAAGUCAGGAAGCCAGGGGUGAAACAUCUGGCUAUCCUGAACUUAGCAUAGAAACAUCAACAGUCCAUGAAACCAGUGGGGAAGGAUCUGCAUUCCCGGAAAUCAGCAUAGAAACUUCAACGGUUCACGAAAUCAGUGGGGAAACAUCUGCAUUUCCUGAAAUUAGCAUAGAAACUUCAACAGUCCACGAAAUCAGUGGUGAUAGUUCUGCAUUUCCUGAAAUUAGAAUAGAAACAUCCACAAAUCAAGAAGCCAGGGGUGAAACAUCUGGCUAUCCUGAAAUUAGCAUAGAAACAUCAACAGUCCAUGAAACCAGUGGGGAAGGAUCUACAUUUCCCGAAAUCAGCAUAGAAACUUCAACGGUCCACGAAAUCAGCGGGGAAACCUCUGCCUUUCCUGAAAUUAGCAUAGAAACUUCAACGGUCCACGAAAUCAGUGGGGAAACCUCUGCCUUUCCUGAAAUUAGCAUAGAAACUUCAACAGUCCACGAAAUCAGUGGUAUAGAAACAUCUGCAUUUCCUGAAAUUAGCAUAGAAACUUCAACAGUCCACGAAAUCAGUGGAGAAACAUCUGCAUUUCCUGAAAUUAGAAUAGAAACAUCCACAAAUCAAGAAGCCAGGGGUGAAACAUCUGGCUAUCCUGAAAUUAGCAUAGAAACAUCAACAGUCCACGGAACCAGUGGGGAAACAUCUGCAUUUCCCGAAAUCAGCAUAGAAACUUCAACAGUCCACGAACUCAAUGGGGAAACAUCUGCAUUUCCUGAAAUUCGAAUAGAAACAUCCACAAGUCAAGAAGCCCGAGGUGAAAUCUCUGCCUUUCCUGAGAUUAGCAUAGAAACUUCUACAGUCCGUGAAGUCAGUGGGGAAACAUCUGCAUUCCCUGAGAUUAGCAUAGAAACACCAACAAGGCAAGAAGCCAGGGGUGAAACAUCUGUCUAUCCUGAAAUUAGCAUAGAAACAUCCACAGUUCAAGAAGUAAGUGGGGAAACCUCUGCAUUUCCUGAAAUUAAAAUAGAAACAUCCACAAAUCAAGAAACCUGGGGUGAAACAUCUGCAUUUCCUGAGAUUAGCAUAGAAACAUCCACAGUCCCCAAAACCAUUGGAGAAGCAUCCGCUUUGCCUGCUGGUAACAUCGAAACAGCUGCCACAUCUUUGGCCAGUGGUGAGCUCUCUGGUGCUCAUGAGAAGGAAAUUCCUGACACAACAUCUGGAGCUGUGACACACUCGAUCACGGGCAUUUCAGGGGAAACCUCUGUCCCAGACGUUGUAAUUAGUACCAGUACUCCAGAUGUUGAACCAACACAGGGACCCAUGAACCCUGAAGAGGCUCAGCUUGAAACAGUGUCUUCCCCGCCUGCAGUGUCAGGACAAGAGACAGAGACAGCUGUUGUUCUAGACAAUCCCCAUCUGCUGGCCACCGCUACUGCUGUCCUGCCUCAAGCGUCACAAGAAGCAAUAGACACAUUAGGACCCACUACAGAAGACACUGAUGAGUGCCACUCAAGCCCCUGUCUGAAUGGAGCUACCUGCGUUGAUGGCAUCGACUCUUUCAAAUGCUUAUGCCUUCCCAGCUACGGAGGGGACCUGUGUGAGAUCGACCUGGAAAACUGUGAGGAAGGCUGGAUCAAGUUCCAGGGCCACUGCUACAGGCAUUUUGAAGAGAGGGAGACUUGGAUGAAUGCAGAGACCAGAUGCCGACAACAUCAAGCCCACCUGAGCAGUAUCAUCACCCCAGAAGAGCAAGAAUUUGUGAACAGCCACGCACAGGACUACCAGUGGAUCGGCCUCAGCGACAGAGCUGUGGAGAACGACUUCCGUUGGUCCGACGGGCACUCCCUGCAAUUUGAGAACUGGAGGCCCAACCAACCCGAUAACUUCUUUGCGGCGGGUGAGGACUGCGUUGUGAUGAUCUGGCACGAGCAAGGCGAAUGGAACGACGUUCCCUGCAACUAUCAUCUCCCCUUCACCUGCAAGAAAGGAACAGUGGCCUGCGGGGACCCCCCCGUGGUAGAUAACGCCAGGACCUUUGGUAGGAAGAAGGACCGCUAUGAAAUAAACUCCAUGGUGCGGUACCAGUGCAACCAAGGCUACAUCCAGCGCCACGUGCCCACGAUUCGGUGCCAGCCCAACGGGCAGUGGGAGGAGCCGCGGAUAUCUUGCAUAAACCCCUCCAACUACCAGCGCAGGCUAUAUAAGAGGAGCGCCAGGAGCCAGUUGAGACCCAACGGCAAAGACAUGCACAGACCCACCCAUUAGAGCGGGGCAAGAGAGACCAAGGGGGAAAGAGAGAAAGAAAAAGAGAGAUUUUUAACGGAACAAUUAUAUUAACAGAGUCAAUUUCUUCUUCUUGUUGUUGCUUUUUUGUCAUAUAAGGAAACAAAAAUUAUAUUAAAGACAAACCCAUCUUUGUGUAUAUAUAAAAAAAAAAAAUAAUGUUUUUUCCAAGCACCAAAGCAAAGCGAAUUAGAUCUCAGCAUUUUUACUAACCGUCCGGUUCCAAUUAUCUUCGUGCCUUCGGGGACAGGGAGGGGGGUGGGCUCGCA